GGAACUAACGGAGACGUCAUCGAGCCGCGUAAAGUUAACGGAGUGAGCGAGGACACCGAAGCACCGCGGCUCAGCCUUCAAAAUAAAGCUGAUUUGCAGGAGCAUCUGUGGGAAAGGAUGUAGUCCAGUAUUUCCCAUCAUUCCUUAAAGGAAGGAGCUGCAGCCACCUUAAAACAAGUUUUGUAUCUUCCCAGAUGGCUGCAAGAGGAUGUAGAUGGAAUGAUGUGAGAAGCUGUGCUGGAAAGCUCUCAGGUAUGUAAAUCUGGUGCACUGCUGGUACAGUGAUGGGUUGUGCUGAGGUCGAGGGGUGUGAUGGUUGACAGAGUGUUUGAGUUGAUUCUCCUUUGGUUUUUUGUUUGUUUAGUUGUUUUUUUCUGCUGUUCAUAUUGUGUUUGGCUCAGUUUGUCCUUCUCCAGCUGUUGUCCCAACCUGAGCAGCUCCUCCACUGUCUUCACCCUGCUGCAGUUAGCUGGUGGUUUUAUGACAGCUUCUUCUGUAAUGUCUGGUUUCCAAUGGCAGCACAAAGAACAGUACAUUAAAGGAUUAAAACAAAGGAAAAGUAUCAUAGUAUAACAUAAGACACAACUAUGCACAUAAUCAUAUAACAAUAUAACAUACUGUAUAUCGUGAGGGUAUAAAUUUCCAUUACAACAGCAAGUUUAUUUAUAUAGACAUUAAGCAGCUGUUAGCAGCUUUUAGCUGCUUCUGGCCUCUGAUUGGAUGAUUCAACAUUUAAUUAUUAAACUUCCCCCCACAGAGCAGCUCAGCAGCUAGUUAGCAACAUGCUAUAUGUUACCGCUCUGAGGACCAGGUGAGCUAUCAGAAAUUCUUCUGAUUGGCUGAAGAAGAAUCGAUGGACAAGUGCAGGCAGGACGGUCAGACUGAUUCUCUCCACAGCUGGACAGGUGAGACAGAGACAGACAGGUGACUCUGUACAACAACACAAAUGCUAACGGCUAUCCAGGUUCUAUCAGUGAGAUUUAAAAACAGCAGCAGAAGAAGAAGCUUCCUGUCUAUGACUCACUGCUGCGAGCAGCUGAUCGUCCCAUCAUGCUCUGCUGCUUCAGGAAAACAAAUCAGCCUGAGUGAAGCGGGCAGAAAACACAGGUGAAGAAAGGAGAAAACACCUGAUGAAAGCUGAGGUCAGAGUUCAGCUGGGAGGAGGCGGAGUCACAGCGCUGACCAGAUCAGCAGGACACCGUCGUCUCAGCGGAAGGGGGAAGGUCAGAGGUCACCUGAUGGAGGCAGGGCGGAGCCUGGUGGCGUUUGUCUGCGGGCUGCUGUUGGCAUCUCUGUAUGGCGUCAUGAUGCUCUUCUUGCAGAAGCAGCCGCUAUGGCUGUGCGUGUACAGCACACUGGCUGUCGCCUUCAUGGCGGCAUUCGGGAUGGGGCUGUCUGCUGACAUCCGGGCCGACAUCAUGGUCAUGCUGCCCUCGCUGUGCUCAGCUCAGGGGAGGAGCUUCCUGCUAUUCCUCAGCGUGUCAUUGCUGCUCGCCGCUCCACUCAGCAACACGCUGGAAAACACAGAACGAGCUGCUGCAAGCCUGCUGUGUGGAGCCGAGCUGGCAGCCAAUCAGACGCAGGAGCUGCUGCAGCGAGCAGCCACGCCCCUCUUCUCGGUGUUGGACAGAAUCAUAGAGAUCAGCAGUAACGCCGUCUUAGUGGCAGGAAGAGUUCACAACCUCAUCCAUGCUCUGACUGACAGCGUCCGCCAUGUUGCUCGCACUCUUAGGAACGUCCUGCACUUCCUGGUGGACAUCGGAGACGUGUGCAACGCCAAAUUGGGCUCUCCGUACAGGAAGUGCCGGGCGGUAUUCGCCGAGGCUCGAGCCGACUGCUCCGACCUGCUGGGAGAGUUCAACUUCCUUUGUGACAUCAUCGACGGCUUCCUGCCGCUCUGCCAGCUCGCCCGUGUGGGCGAGCUCUUCUGCAUCAUCCCGUCCUACAUCGCCAGCGUUCUGAAAACUCGUCUGGCAGCUCCCACCAUCGCAGCAUUUGAGCAAAUGAAGCGGGAGUUUAACUUCAACAUCUCGGCCUCUGUGACCUUUGACCUGGACGCCAACAGCAGCCGUUCUCUGCAGCAGGUGACCCAGGACAUCAUGGAGGAGGUGUCAUCAGAGCUUCAGGUGUUUCAGAAGCUGAGCAAGCCGCUGGCAUAUGGAGGCCUCGUCCUGCUCGCCUGCUCCUUCCUGAGGGCGGUGCGGUACAGACGCAGGUACCUGUAUGACAUCGACUUCGACAACGUUUACAUCAGCGCUCAGUUUGAAGAGCUCGACCAGCAGGUGACCGCAGGGGGCGGAGCCUCUGUCCUGCCAAUUACACGCAGAGAGGCAAAGACCUACAUCACUCCACUGGCGUGGCAACUGACAGACAGAGAGCGGCAGGUGGUGUUGGUGGGCGUGGCCUCGGUCCUCAGACACAUGGUAAUAGGGGGGCUGCUGGUGAUGCUGGACUUUGUGGUGUUCUGGAUGCUAGAUCAAGUGCACCACCAGGUGAAGGAGGACGUGGUGGCCAGAGCUCCGGUCGCGGUGGCAGUGCAGGUGAACGGGUCAGGUUACGCCUCGGACAUCUUCAGAGACCUGGUGGCGUCUUUCAACAUACUGCAGGGAGGAAACGUCACAGUGAUCAGCAGGAAGUGUCUUCUGUCACCGUCAGAGCCCGACCAAUCUGCAUGCUUCAUCCUGGGGAUCCUGUUGGGUCUGGCUCUGCUCGUGUCUCUGAGCGGAGGAUUCAUGCAGCGCUGCAGACGACUCGUCUGUUCCUCAUACCAUCCAGAGAGAGAGCAAGAGAGGAUCCAGUUCCUCCAUCAGCUGAUCCUAGAUCAGAGGAGGACGGUGGGGAAAGCCCUGCGGAGGUCUGCAUACAGGAGCCGAGGAGGAGGAGGAGGAGGAGGAGGAAGAAGAGGAGGAGGUCAUUUUGAAACUCUCAUGUUACGGUUACCUGGAGGACCUCACCUGUGUGACCUGCUGGGUCUGUCAUCGGUCAGCUGUCGGGCCUGUGGUGAGGGGGCGUGGCCAGAGGAGGACAACACGGUCAUCUGUGACGUCCCACAGUGUCCAGGUGUGUACUGUCGGCCAUGUUUCCACAGUUUGGGAAACACGUGUGUCGUCUGUGUGCGACCUCAGACCUUCCAGGAAGAUGGCGAGGAGGAGCUAGACUCCAGCGAUGAUGAGCAGCAGAGUUUGACAUCCGCUCUGAACUCGACACGCAUCACUGAGCCUUCAUCCCUGAUGCUGAUGAAGAGGAGGGUUUCCAUGGCAACACGCCGAAGACUGUCUGAGCGCUCCGAGAGUCACAUGAGAGCGAAGGAUGGAGAGAGAGACAGCAGCUCUGAGAUCAGUGAAGCAGACAUGACCGACCAGGACCGACCCGGGUCCGACGAGUCCGACAGCGGAGCCUCCUUCCACUCUGCCUCCUCACCGCUGCCCGGCAGCCUCCAGGAACAAUCACUCACCACAGUCCUCAUACACAGACCCGACUGUCCCCAACUGCUGCAGGAGAGUCCAGGAGCCUCCAGGACCCCUCAGGACCCUGCGGGACCCUCCAGAACCCUCCAGGACCCUCCAGAGCCCCCCAGGACCCACCAGGACCCUCCAGGACCCUUCAGGACCUUGAAGCAGGGCCAUCUGUGGGUUUGAUCCAAUGUUCCACUUUGUGAUUAAAGUUAUUAAA